AUGAAGAAGGUUUUCAAAUAUAUUGGAAGAAAAGUUUCAAAUUUUAAUAGAUUCAGCCAGUCUGUUACCUUUGAAGCCAAAAUUAAAACUCGCUGGAUCGACUUUUUUGGAGGGCUAGCCACUUUUAUUGUAACAGGACUGAUAAUCGUUUACGGUGUAAUUCUCUUUGCACGACUGAUGCAAAAAGUAGAUGUUCAGCUCAACAGGAAUAUUAUUCGAACUAACCUAAGAACAGAUCCAAAUGCUAUUGAUAUCACUGAAUUCGAUAAGAUAGAAUUCAAGAUAGUUGUUCAUAAGUGGAAUGUGCCAGCUUACAUUCCUACUCACGACAUCGCUGAAAUCCUGACCCUCCAACUAUUCUACUACCUCCAAGAGAAUAAUACAGCCGAGCAGCUGCCUCUAAAGUUUAAAGAGUGUAGUCCCGAACUGACUAAAUAUGACCACCACUUCUCUAUUGUUAAGCAUUGGUGUUUUAGCCUUCAAGGCAAACAGAUAUCAGGGGUUAGUACCACUAAUUUUGAUUACAAAGGAGUCACUGCGUUUAUGGAAGUUUGAUUUGAUCAUCUGAAUUAUAUAUGACAGAGCCCUGCAUUGCUCAAUGAUGUGUUAAGUGGACUAAGGGUGGAGCUAUUUGCAACUAGCAAAUAUGUCGACUUGAAUGAUAUCGAUUCUCCAAUAAAAGAAUAUGUUGACAGGUUAGAUACGACUGAUUUGCAUCCAAAAGUGAAAAUGUAUCCUCAUAUUAAUAUUGAGAAGCACGAGCUAAUUCUAGAAGACUCGUGGUGGCUUACUGUCUCAGAACCGGACCCUAUAAAGUUUAACAAAGUUUGUGAGAAAGAAAAGAUUGAGAAGUUUCAGACUUUUUAUAUGGACACUGAUACUGUAGCGAGGAGUGCUUAUUGGGUCCAGAUACAGGUCAGUCCUGAUAUAUUCCAAUACAGGAGAAAAAUUUUCACUUUUCUUGAGCUCACAGGCAUUUUAGGAGGAAUUUUCGAGAUAUUUGAGGUUUCAUUUGCUCUACUUUUAGGCCUCUUUUACAACUAUUUCUCUAAAAAGUCAUUGCUUAAGGAGAUCCACAAGAGCAUGAAGCAGCUAGAAAGCACUAGAAGAGAGCUUGAUGAGAUUAAAGCUAAAAUAUUAUCUAAAGAAUCCUCUGAAAAGGAACAAAGAAGCUCUAUGAAUCACCACUCAAACCUGAGAGAAGAGAUCCAAGACCAGGAUGACAAUGAAGGAGGGGAAGAUGAGAAGGAGCAAGAGCCCAGCUUCUUAAAGUAUUUAAAACAGAAAGAACAAAGAAAUUUAAAUGAUCUUCUGAAGCAAGAAAAAAUUGAGCAAAAGGUUCAGAACUUCUCAUAUGGUGAUAAUAAAAUGCCUAAGAAUUUUAUAAAAGUAAAAGAGAGAGACUCUGUAAUUUUAGAAAGUUUCGAAGACCAAAGAGAUUGUAUCGAUAUUCUGUUCAGGAUCAAGACUUUGGAAACUCAGGUUAAAUACCUAUUGUUUAAAGAUAAGGAUUACUCUACUCCAAAGAAUGAGGAUAACCCCGACUUGAAUAAAUCUUCUUCUAGCUUAUUGAAGAAGGAACCUGAGGCUAUUAAUAGUGAUAUACAAGGAAUUCAGCUAUUUAACUAUAAAAGUCUUUACCAAAAAGGCCUAUUACCACAUCAGCCAAGCAUGAUAGAUCAGAGAAAAAAUCUUUACAAAAUUAAUGAGGAGUCAAAGGACGAGAAUGGGUUGAGUGAACAAGACGCAAAGAUGCUUUAG